GAAAAUAGAACAAGGCAGAAGAGGCCACUGAUAAACAAGCUCAGCUCAGUUCAAAGAGUUCUGAGGAAGAGCAUGAGUUCUGGACUGCAGAUAAAAGACGAAGACUGUGGUUUUAAUAAGAAUUUAUUCUGUGUCCCCAAACACUAUGAAGAUGAUCUAGAAAGAGUCUUCAUUCCUCAUGGGCUCAUUCUUGACAGGACAGAACGUUUGGCCAGAGACAUCAUGCAAGACAUGGGGAACCAUCCUAUAUUUGCCCUCUGCGUCCUCAAAGGAGGUUAUAAAUUCUUUGCCGACCUGAUGGAUCAUAUAAAGGCACUAAACCGGAAUACUGAUCAAUCUGUCCCCAUCACCGUGGAUUUUGUUAGAACAAAAAGCUACUGUAAUGAUAUACCAACUGGAGCGGUCACUAUCAUCGGAGAAGAGCUCUCUGCCUUUAAAGGAAAGAAUGUCUUAGUGGUAGAGGAUAUUAUUGAUACUGGCAAAACGAUACAAGCACUGCUUUCCAAAAUAAAGGAGUAUGAACCACAGAUGGUCAAAGUAGUAAGCUUGCUUGUAAAACGAACAAUCAGAAGUUCAGGAUAUAAACCAGACUAUACAGGGUUUGAAAUUCCUGACAAAUUUGUGGUUGGAUAUGCUCUUGACUAUAACGAAUACUUCAGGGACCUAAAUCAUAUCUGCAUUUUGAAUGAGAAAGCCAAGGAAAAAUACAAACUCUGACAAUGCUGUUAAUCGGAAUCGGGAUCAUGUACUGUCUUUGAAUGAACAGCAGACACAGGAUUUUUUACUACACAAAAUAACUGCAAGGUUGCCAAUAAAGAUGCAUUUUGUAGUGUAUUUUCCUUAAAAUAAAGAGUGGGGAAUAUAUAUAUAUAUUAUAUAAAAUGCCCGGUGUACUCGUCUUGUAACAAAACAGAAGAAUUAAUUCUUGCCAAGGCUGUAAACAUGAAUGUAUACUUCAUGGAAAGUAUUAUAUUAUCUGCGGUGAGGAAAAAAAAUAAGCUAAGCAAGAAUGGCAUUUUGCACAGCAGACCUAUUGAAAUUUUACAGAAGUGCUCAAAUGUUGUUAUACGUGACUGGCACAAUGUAAAACUGUUUUUGAAUUUCAGGUAGUAUAGGUUAAUUGCAUCAUUGUUGCAAAGCAGCUUGUGUAUGUGUGUGUGUGUGAUUUAAUCAGCAAGGUUGUAACACAAAUUUAAAGCUAAUUGGGAGCCAUUACAACACACAUAUUGUCACAGCAGGUUGCCUGUAUUAUUUGUGCCAGUUAUAAUGUGUAUUGAAAAUAUCACCAUUUUAAUUGUUAUUGGCAAUGAUGCCUGUCUGAUGAGCCAUUGUUGCAAGGUUACAGUCCAAUGAGCUUUAUUGUUAUUAUAAAUAAUCUAGCACCACUGGUGUGCAUAAUAGCUAUAUACUGGAGUACUUGCAAGCCAAAGAGCAAAAUCUAAAUGUUG